AUGGCAGCGCCGUUCCCCAACCUCUACACGCACCGAAAGGUUGCCGAAUCAGCCGCCAAAGCCUGCGAUAUCUGCUACAAGCCCAGCUCAUCGGUGCUCAUCACGCCGGAUAAAAAGGACUUCUUCUACAUCUGCCCUGUCCACCUCAAGGAUCGGUACUUUUGCACUCCCAAGAUUGAUGAGGAUGCCAUCAAGGCCAAGCGGGAGAAGGACUUGGCCGAGGAGAAGGACAAGCUGAUGAAGGAGUACCAAGAGAAGCAGCGCAAGAAGAAGGAGAAAGAGAAGGAAAAGGAAAAGGAAAAAGACAAGGACAAGGACAAGGACAAGGAUGAAGAAAAGGACAAAGACAAAGAGAAAGAGAAAAAGGAGACCACGGAUGAAACUGAAGCAGACAAGAAUGGUACAGAGACUCCAAAGGAGGAAGACGAGCCUCGCGUCUUUGAACUCAAGAGCUCCUUCUAUCAACAACGUCUGCAGCGUAAACGCCAAGCCGAAGCCGCCAAAAGGGACCGCGAAAGAGCAUCUCAGCCAAAUUACUUUCCAUCUGUGCCAACCGAGCCACCGAGAAAGUAA